AAAUUUCCCCAAUUUAUAAACCCUAACGCAUUUCUCUUUUUCUUCUCUCUCAAAAUAAAAAAAACCCUACAGCUCCCUCUUACGAAGCUUAGCUUCGAGUUUUUCUUCUCAUCUUUUCGAUAAUGGCUUUACCAAACCAGCAAACUGUAGACUAUCCAAGCUUCAAGCUUGUUAUUGUGGGAGAUGGAGGAACUGGCAAGACAACAUUUGUCAAAAGGCAUCUCACUGGUGAAUUCGAGAAAAAAUACGAACCCACUAUUGGUGUGGAGGUUCAUCCACUAGACUUCUUCACAAAUUGUGGGAAGAUUCGGUUUUAUUGCUGGGAUACAGCUGGACAAGAGAAGUUUGGAGGUCUCAGAGAUGGUUACUACAUUCAUGGGCAAUGUGCAAUUAUCAUGUUUGAUGUUACAGCCCGUCUGACCUACAAGAAUGUUCCUACAUGGCAUAGAGAUCUUUGUAGGGUUUGUGAAAACAUCCCCAUUGUUCUCUGUGGAAACAAAGUUGAUGUCAAGAACAGGCAGGUUAAGGCUAAGCAAGUUACCUUCCACAGGAAGAAAAAUUUGCAAUACUAUGAGAUCUCAGCAAAGAGUAACUACAACUUUGAGAAGCCUUUUCUGUACCUUGCCAGAAAGCUUGCUGGGGAUGGUAAUCUUCACUUUGUGGAGUCACCUGCACUUGCUCCCCCAGAAGUACACAUCGACUUAGCUGCACAGGCACUGCAUGAAGAAGAGCUUCAACAAGCCGCCAAUCAGCCACUUCCAGAUGACGAUGACGAAGCAUUUGAAUAGAAGGCAUAGCUCAGAGCGGAUCAGUUUCACUGUUGCACCUUUCAAUUUCCUUGUCCUUAAACUUUCUAUAUUCGGACUUCUGUUUUUGUGGUUUGAGGAUUUAUUUGCUGCUUCCUUGUAUUUUGAUUGGUUAUUAGAUAUUUAUCUGGGGCCGUGAGGCUGUAUUGUAUUAGAUAUCAUUAGUUAGUGUUCUAUUCCGGUCCUGACGUAAAUGCGUAAAUUUCGAGGCUCUGUUUGAGCUUGUUAUAAUAUUUACUAGGUAAUAUAUAUAUUCGACAAUUUUCUCUG